AUGGCGACAAUGAGCAAAUCUCACAGACCCAAACCCUCCUCUGGAUCUCACCGUCUUGUUCUCUUACUUAUCAUCUUCUUCGCAUUCCUCCUCCUCCUCUCUUCCGUAAUCUCUACCGGAAAAUUAGGCUUACCGUAUCAACAGACACUAAUCGAUUACUUCGCUACAUCUCCUCGCGGCAAGAGACAACACUCGCUUUCGGACAAGUACUUGUACUGGGGAAACAGAAUCGAUUGUCCUGGCAAGAACUGCGAGACUUGUGCAGGAUUAGGUCAUCAGGAAUCUAGCCUAAGGUGUGCACUUGAAGAAGCCUUGUUUCUCAACAGGACCUUUGUAAUGCCUUCCGGAAUGUGCAUUAAUCCAAUACAUAAUAAGAAAGGUAUACUUGAUCGGUCUGAUGACAAAGCUACAGAGGAUGGUUGGGUGGGGAGCUCUUGUGCAAUGGACUCUUUGUAUGACAUUGACCUUAUAUCUGAGAAGAUACCUGUGAUUCUCGACGACUCCAAAACAUGGCAUCUUGUUUUAUCCACAAGUAUGAAGUUGGGAGGAAGAGGGAUUGCGCAUGUUUAUGGAGUUAGUCGCCAUAGGUUAACAGAGAGUCACUACUCAAAUCUCUUGAUCAUUAACCGAACCGCAAGUCCUCUUGCAUGGUUUGUUGAGUGCAAAGAUAGAGGCAACCGUAGCGCAGUCAUGCUUCCUUAUUCAUUUCUCCCUAAUAUGGCAGCUCCAAGUUUGAGGAACGCCGCAGAAAAGAUAAAAGCACAACUUGGUGAUUAUGAUGCUAUCCACGUUCGCCGAGGGGACAAACUGAAAACAAGAAAAGACAGGUUCGGAGUUGAGAGGAUUCAGUUUCCUCAUCUAGACAGAGAUACACGCCCAGAGUUUAUCCUGCACAGGAUAGAGAAGCGUAUCCCACCAGGGAGGACUCUUUUCAUUGGUUCUAAUGAGAGAACGCCUGGAUUCUUCUCCCCUCUCGCCGUCAGGUACAAACUGGCUUACUCAUCAAACUUUAGUGAGAUUCUGGAUCCUAUAAUCAAGAAUAAUUACCAGUUAUUCAUGGUUGAGAGACUGGUAAUGAUGGGAGCUAAAACAUUCUUCAAAACGUUUAAAGAGUAUGAAACGGAUCUCACCUUAACUGAUGAUCCCAAGAAGAACAAGAACUGGGAGAUACCGGUGUAUACCAUGGAUGAAAGAAAAGAAUCAGUAAGCUAAAGUUUGUGCCUUCAUAAAGUCCCUCUGUUAUCGAAACUUAGUAUUAUCACUUGCCACUUCCUUGGAGUAGAAUGCUGUAUUAGAGUAUGUAUAACAAAAACGGAGCAUAGUUAUUGAGGUUUCUUUUGGUUUCUAGGUGCUUAUUGUAUAAAUGUGUUCUGUAAGAACAGAUGUAAUAACAUCUGUAAUGUUUUUGAAGUUUUUCAGUGUCUCUUAAUCUGUAAAAUAUGUGCUCUACAUAACCUAAGCAAUUCAUUCUAAACUAGAAACAUUGAGAGAGAGAAAAUCGGUAAGUUCUUUAUCCC